AUGAGACAUAGUUCAGCAAUUUGUGCUCUCGGCGCUCUGGCUACUCAGGCUCAGGCCGCCAGUAAGCUCUUGUCUGGUGCGACGAUCAUCAGCUGGGAUGACUCCACCAAUGAAGCCAAGAUCAUCCGCGACGGCCAUCUCCUGAUCAGCGACGAUCGUAUCAAGAGCGUCAGCACCUCUGAGCCCUCCAACCUUCCCAACAACACCGAGAGGGUUGAUGUCACUGGCCAGAUUAUCACACCCGGUUUCAUCGACACUCAUCGUCACGGCUGGCAAACCGGCUUUAAGACUAUCGCGGCCAACACUACUCUCGCAGAGUACUUCGGUCGUUAUGGCGAGUUUGCAGCUGCUCCUCACUUCACGGCUGAUGAUGUUUACUGGGGUCAACUUGCUGGUCUUCUUGAAGCUUUGAACGCUGGUGUUACUACUUCCCUUGAUCACGCUCACCAUACCUGGUCCAACGAGACUGCUUACGCUGGUCUCAACGCUUCUAUGGCUAGUGGAGCGCGUGUCUUCUGGUCUUACGCUUUCCACGAUGUUCCUGCCUUGAACUACACUGUUCGCGAUCAGAUUCCCAACUUUGUUGAGAUUGCUGAGAGUGAGCCUUUCAAGGGCAGCAACGUUGAGCUCGGAAUUUCUUAUGACUCUUUCGGUCCCAACCCUCCCGAUGCUGCUAAGGAUGUUGUCGACCUUGCCAAGGAGUACAAUGUCUCUGUUGUCACAACCCAUGCUCUAUCUGGACCUUUCGGAAUCAACAACCUUCCCGAAGACGUCCACGCUCUGGGUCUUCUCAACACUUCCAUUCCCGUCGUCUUCUCCCACGGCAGCUUCAUGACUGCCACCGGCGCCAACCUUCUCCGCCAGACCAACCAGUACCUCUCCAUCACCCCCGAGUCCGAGAUGCACUACGGUCACACUCACCCUCACUCAUACCACCUCCAAGAUCAAGCCGCUCUUGGCGUCGACACUCACUUCACUUACUCCACCGACAUUCUCACCCAAGCUCGAAUCUGGCUCCAGAGCGCACGCUACUACUUCUUCAAUAAGGUCCUUGACGGCGAGUGGGAAGUUCCCAACAAGAACCCCAUGGGUGUUAGUCAAUCCUUCUACCUCGCUACCCGCGCCGGUGGUAUGGCUCUUCGACGCAAGGACCUCGGUAUCAUCGAAGAAGGCGCCAAGGCCGAUGUUGUCGUCUGGAACGCUGCCGACUCUCCUGCUCUUCUGGGCUGGACCGACCCCGUUGCUGCUGUCAUGCUUCAUGCUAGUGUCGCUGAUGUUCUCCAUGUUAUGGUUGAUGGAGAGUUUGUCAAGAAGGAUGGCAAGUUGACGGCUUCGGACUACAAGGAGACUAAGAAGAGCUUCUUGAAGAGUGCUGCCAAGAUUCAGAAGACUUGGAGUGAGCUUGAAUACCCUGAGCUCGAGGGAGAGUUCAAUGGCGGAGGCUUCUACUAUGCUUCGCCCAGAAUUGUUAGCCUUGAGACUGGUCUUGAGAGGAAGUAA